AUGGAUGGCAGUCAUAGAUCAUAUCACCUCAAAAUUGUCAACUCUGGAACGCGUUUUAUUGAAAAUAAGAAAAUUCGAACACACGAUUCUGUUGAUUGUCGUUAUCAAACACGUGCUGUAUAAGUUGAACUUGAAUACAUUUUUUUCUACACAUUAAAGAAAUAUGAAUUCUGUCAAAAUUUUCCAAGUGUUUGGUGCGUACAUAAUUUUCGUCGCAGUGCCAAUUGUCUUGUGUCAAUAUAAUCAUGAGCUAGAUGAACAAAAUAACCGCGGGGAACAUACUUCUCCAUACCACGAGGAAGACCACUACGUUGCCCCCUUGUAUAAAUUCGGUUAUUGGGUGCACGACCCUAAAACCCACGAUAUCAAAAACCAUUGGGAGCAUAGGGACGGCGACGCAGUGAAGGGAUCGUACUCGCUAAUGCAGCCGGACGGUCAUCUGCGUAUUGUCGAGUACACGGCAGAUAAGCACAGCGGAUUCAAUGCGCACGUCACGUAUGUGUACAAAGGAGGUCAGGACAAUUACAGAGAGGAAGACCAACACGACUUCGGGUCUAACCACUUGGAAGAACAGAGUAGCGCGUACAAACAGCCUUUAAACACAUUUUAUAAUAAACAGCGGGUAGAACAGCCGCAUCACUUCAAGAAAUCGACGCCGGAACGGGCUGGUCACUACAAGAAACAGGUAAUCACUAACACGGUGGAACAUCGACCGCAUCCGACAGCUAACUAUAACAAAAAACAACGGUUACAAUAUCAACCGCAGCAGUCGGCCGAUUACAGGCCGUUCGAACAGUUUCCUGGGUUUCAUUCGGUCAACGCGGAAGCGUCACAACGAUUGAACGGUUUCGAGUAUUUUGAUCAGGAAGGACAUUCGGAAAAGCCAUCGUACUACGACGGGCCAUUGAGCAUUCAACAACAAUCGUCAGAACCCACCGAAGUGAUGGUGAAUUUGCCAGCACACUUGCAAAACAGUGACGUUUUUCAUUCCGAACAGGCGCAAACGACUGAAAGUGUUCAACAAUUAGAGACGCCGCGUGAGUUCAGUGACUACGCUAAUGAUUACAACUUCGAUGGGAAAAACCAAGAUGAUGUUAAGAUACAACAACAGCCGCUCGAAGUGAUCCACAUCGAAGAUGUCAACGAUGCUCUCAGACAUCAAAAAAGACAGUCAGCUGAGAUUUCACCAGAGACGAGUGCCCCGAACGAAAAUGGAGGAGGUCAAGAGACAGCAACACUACAACAGCAAUACGACGACUACAAUUAUUAGUGAAACGUCGUCAACCAUAAGAGAUUAUUAAUAAAAAAUUAUAAAAUUGAAUCUUGUUUAUAUUAUUAGGCUCGUGUUAUUAGGUAGUUAAAAUUAUCACACGAAUGAGGAUUACUUAUUUAAGACUGCUCCCUUUCUAUUGUGUUACUUUUGUCUGUUGUUAUUGUUCAUUUUUUUUAAAUGUAUUUGUACAGUAUGGUGUUCUUUAUUAGUAGUUUUUUACGCGUUAUUCUAGUUAAUAAAUUAAAAUUAACAAAGAAAAUGUUUUUAUUUUGUUGUUGGUAAAAAUUAUUAUAGAAAUUCAUGGUAUGCAACAAUAAA